GUCACGCCAGGAAGCCCCGCCCAUUAGGCUUUUGAGUCCUUCCAUCUCUAAAACAAAAACAUGCCGAAAGCACAGCUAAAGCCGUUUAAAGUGAGGCGAGCCGGAGAAGCUAAAAAAGUCGGUGUGGCGGCGUUUACCCUGAAAGAGUUGAUCAAGAAAGCAUGCGGUUUGCUUCAGAUGUCUGCGGCGAAGGUACAGUGUUGUUUGUAUGACGACGGGACAGUAGUGACAGAAGAUUAUUUUCUAUAUCUUCCCAAUAACACUGAGUUAGUUCUACUUCCGGAUGGACAGAGCUGGAACGGAAGUGAGUUAAUGAUAUAUGACCUCAGCCAGAUCCUCGGGCUGGACAGACACUCAGAAGAGCUGAUCACUGCAGCGCAACAGCUACUGACCGAUGAGCAUUCAGCUAAAAGGAGAAAAAUCCUCACUGAACUCCUGUGUAAUCUGAAAGAUAAUGCAGAGCUGGAGAAUAGAGAUGAUGAUCAGGACUGGUUUGAAGGGCUUGACGUAAGAUUUAAGACGAAGUCAUCAUACAUGAAGUAUAACUGUGAGCAAAGAAUACGGUCAUACUUGAAAGAGGUGGACAGUCAUGCUCGCACUAUUUCGAACACUAGGCAGAAAGGUGAAUAUCAGAAGGUGGCAGCCAGCAUGGCCGAAAAGCUGAAAUCCAUGCGUUAUCAUGGCAGUUACUUUGACAGGACAGAGAAGGAGCUCCAUCGACUGUGCACUAAAGAGGGCUGGUUCUCCUGCCAGGGUGCCUUUAAUCUGGACCGGUGUGAAUCUCUCCACUCAAUAAACCCAUAUGGUAACCGUGAGAGUAGAAUCCUUUUCAGCACCUGGAAUCUGGACCACAGGAUUGAGAAGAAGAGAACCAUCAUACCCACUCUGGUCAAUGCGCUUCAAGGUAAAAAGAGCAGUGAUAUAAACCUGGACUAUUUCUACAAGCUGCUAUUCACAAGAGAAAAUCUCAAGCUGGUUCACAUCGUCUGCCACAAGAAAGGAGCUCAUGAUCUAACAUGUGAUUCACACCAAGUGUACAGAAGAGUUAAAAGGAAGUGAAGCAGAUAGUGGUUACAUUAUGACUAGAGUUGCCCUAGAUAACUCAGGAGAAUUGUGAUUUUUCUAUCCAGUGGAAAAGUGGGGUUUUUUUUUUUAAUGAUUUUCCUAAUGUUUUUAGAUGUGAUUUUAGAUUUCCCCAAGUGAUCUUGUUAAAAAAAAAAUUAUAUAUAUAUAUAUAUAUAUAUAUAUAUACACACACACUUAUUUUUCAAUGUACAUUUUUUAAAAUAUUCAUUUUUAAAAUGUGGAAUUAAGGAAUAGUCUUUGUGAUUUUAUGAACGAUAACCAAACAAUCUUGGCCAAACUUUCUUUUGCACACUCGUUUUUAGGAAAGGUUUGCUAAUUUAACAUUUUUGUGCAUUAUGUGUGAAAGAUUCAUUGUGUCAGUCCCCUUUGUGUUUUGCUUAUUUAAUUUUAUGAAAUUCAUGUUUUCUACGGGCGGCACGGUGGUGUAGUGGUUAGCACUGUCGCCUCACAGCAAGAAGGUCCGGGUUCGAGCCCCGUGGCCGGCGAGGGCCUUUCUGUGUGGAGUUUGCAUGUUCUCCCCGUGUCCGCGUGGGUUUCCUCCGGGUGCUCUGGUUUCCCCCACAGUCCAAAAACGUGCAGGUUAGGUUAACUGAUGACUCUAAAUUGACCGUAGGUGUGAAUGUGAGUGUGAAUGGUUGUCUGUGUCUAUGUGUCAGCCCUGUGAUGACCUGGCGACUUGUCCAGGGUGUACCCCGCCUUUCACCCGUAGUCAGCUGGGAUAGGCUCCAGCUUGCCUGCGACCCUGUAGAAGGAUAAAGCGGCUAGAGAUAAUGAGAUGAGAUGUUAUCUACAUUAGUUGGUACCAGAAUGAAAUUAAUUAUAUUUUUUAUUGAUUUAUUUUUUAAUAAAGUUUAAUGAAACCAAAUAAUACUGGUUCUGUUUCAACUGUCAGCUCAACAAAACAGCAGAGUGAGCCAAAUAUUCAGAAAAAUAUUGUUUAAAAACCCACUGAAAUGUAUAAUGGCGCUGAAAAUUUGUAUUUGAAUAGGUGUCUUUCAGGAACCAGGUUUAGUUAGAAUAAGUUUCAUUAGACACACAGGCCCUUUCAUAAACCACAACAAUUCCAUUUAAUUUCAUGCUGUUUUUAAAAUCAAUAAACAUUUACUUUGUAUGGACGGAGAAUUGUAGAUUUCAAAAUGUGAAGUAGCGUAAUGCAGAAUGUGCUUAACAUUUCAAAUAUUAAUAUUUUAUAAACAAAGCAUUUGGUAACAACAUUAGCAUGUAAAGAUUUUUCUUUUUGAUACAAAAAUAGACAUUGUUGUAAACCAAGACAAAUAAGAAUUUUACCUAAAAAUUUAUACAGACAAGUGAGUAUAAAAUUUUACAAGUCACAUCUUUGUAUAUAAAGUUAGUGCAAAUGCUUCAUACAACACAACUACAUAUAGAAUACACACACACGCGCGCGCACUAUGAACGAGUGUGUCCAAACUUCUGACUGGUACUGUGUGUAUAAAUACCAGUCAAAAGUUUGGAAACACCUUCUAAUUCAAGGAUUUUUCUUUAUUUUUUUUAUUAAAAGUCACUUCAUGUCUUAA